GUCGGGAAGGCGGCGGGAGAGUCUAGCCCUCGCGGCGGAGGGCGCCAUGGUGGGUGGUGAUGCCGCCGCAGCGGUGGAGGAGCUGGUUUCUGGGGUACGGCAGGCGACCGACUUCGCCGAGCAGUUCCGCUCCUACUCGGAGAGCGAGAAGCAAUGGAAGGCCCGCAUGGAAUUCAUCCUGCGCCACCUGCCCGACUACCGCGACCCGCCUGACGGCGGCGGCCGCCUGGACCAGCUGCUGUCCCUCUCCAUGGUCUGGGCCAACCACCUCUUCCUGGGUUGCAGUUACAACAAAGACCUUUUAGAUAAGGUGAUGGAAAUGGCUGAUGGGAUUGAAGUGGAAGACCUGCCACAAUUUACUACCAGAAGUGAGUUAAUGAAAAAGCAUCAAAGCUAAGACAGAAGAUCCAUCACAUUUUCAUUAUCAGCUACAGGCUAGAAAGGAGGAAUGUGACUUUGACCACAGAAGCUCUCUUACGACUCCUGAUAUUACCAACAUGUAGGAAAGAGGCAGUUGGAAUGAAAGUGGCAUUUUAAAAGGUCUCAUUCUUCCAGUAGCUAUCAUUGUAAAAGUAUGCAUGAAUAUUUAUGUAUUUAUAAAUCAUGCCUUUUUA